UUUACUGACGUCGUACAUUUAUUAAUAUUUCCCGAGAUGUUUCAGUUAAUGUUCUUGUUUCUGGUAUUUGUGGUCAGUGUCGAAACUGUUGAACUGAACGGCGGAUUCCGACACAUCAAAUACGCAGAUUACGAGAGACUGAAAUUUGCUGCUGGCUGGCUAGACUGUGGACGGAUUGUACUGUAUAUUCAACGGAGAAAUAUGGAACACUAUAUACGCUAUAUACAGAUAACGUGGGAUAUAACCAUCACAAUAACCGGUGAAAAAGGUCUCAACGUAACUGACAAUUUUUUGGGGAGUGCAGCAACUAAAAUUUAUGAUGCCGGAUUCGAAUCGUGUAAGUCAUAUACAAUGAAGUGGACGGCAAACGAAAAAAGAAGAACUCCCAGUGAGAGGCCGCUAUCCAACAUGAAGGGAGAGCAAGUAAUAAAAAUGCCUUGUAAAUGUGAACAGUCAGUUAUUGAAAUGGAACCAUUCAAAUUACAAACUAUGAACGGCGCAAAAUACACUUUUCCUUCUCAAUCGGAGUCCGGCACUCGAGACUACGUAUUCCUACGUGAGUGCAACAUCCUUAAAACAAGAAUAUCCAUCAAUGGAAGUGUGACCUCGAUGGGACCAACAGCACAACUCAAUUCUGUCCAAUACUCUUUUCCAAAUCUUGUACAUGCGCCACAUGUACUGACCAUGAAUCCACAAGGAGUACCGGAACUAAAUGGUCGUGGUAAUGUGAAUGUGCAUGACGAUCACUACGCUGGUGCUGAAUGGUUUAUUGGAAAUGAUAAAUUCAUAAUGGUAUUUACGAAUAUUGAAGUCCGGGUCUUGUGGGAUUAUAAGGAGAAGACAAUCACAAUCGCUGCAGGAGAAGAAUUCGAUGCCUGCGGACUGUUGACAUAUGGGAACGGGAAGGCGAGUGAUAACGUACAGCAGUUACCGAAAGAAUUCGUGAAAGAGUGUGUCAUUUCGAAGAGGUAA